CGCGCAUUGAAUGGCUUCAUUGCUUGAUUGUUUACUCUGGCUGUUGUAGCCGCUGCUGCACCAAAACCAAGGUACAUCGAAUUUAUCUAAUUUCCCACCCAAUUUAGCCCUUUGUCGGGGUUUCCAAGAACCACCCUGCAUCUGACCACAAUCCCUUCGGUCUCCGGAAAAACCCCCACAACCAAGCUACCCACAACAUCAGACAACAAACCAAGUAUGGCACCGACUUGCCCAAGUGAGGUUCAGGAGCGCAAAAUCUUGCGGAGGUCGAGAUUCGGCUGCCGAAAUUGUAAGCUUAGAAAACUCAAGUGUGACGAAGGCAAGCCACGGUGCAAGAGAUGUAGUUCAUUUAGGGUAUUAUGCAAUUUCAUGCCUAAUGUUCCUGACCUACAGCCCGUCACCGAUGACUCAUCAAGCACAUUUGUCGUUCAAGGAAGAGCGCAGCUUCAACCCCCCCUCACCAGUGCUGUCUGGACAUCUGACGCAUCAACAUUCUAUCAACUGGAUGCAAAAUGUCAGGAUUUCGUAACCCGCUACCUAGGGCGAAGUCUUAUCACUCCAGAUGACCCUAAUAUGAUCAAAGUUAAUCGCAAGCUCUUGAUACUAGCCUUUACUCAUCCAUUCUUGAUGCAUGCUUCUCUGGCGGUGGCACUUGCGUAUGACCGCCACCUGAACAGCUCAUUGGGCUGUCGUCGCACUGUAGAAGAGUGCUACCACAGGUCUCAAAGUACAACCCUCUUCAACCGACGGUUAGGAGAGCCAAUCGAAACGAGAGAUAAGGAUACAAUCUGGGGCACUGCGGCUGCUCUCGUUAUUUUGGCUUUCUCGGCCCCUGAUGCUCGUACCCCAGAAGAGUCCUGGCCUCUAAAAUCUUCUGACCCCUCUGAUUUCGAAUGGUUGCGUAUGAGCAGGGGUAAAAUGUCAUUGUGGAGCAUAGCUAAUCCGCUACGACAGGGCAGUCUUUUUCGCGCCAUGGAGUCGACCUUUGCUGAAAUACACUCACCUCUGCCAGAGAAAGGCAUAGACGGUAUAAUGAGGCCUUUAGCUACACUGUGUCAUCUUAAAGACUCAUCUACGCCAGGAAAUAAUCCAUAUUUUAAUGCCGCCCACGCUGUAUCCCAGAUCCAGGAUCUUCUGGAUAGCCAGGUUAAAGUAGGUCAGACUGAGCUCUUCAUGCGUAGCUUACAUGGCCCUUUCGAAUCCUUGCUGCGGGGGAAGGAUCCUGUCGCACUUCUAUUGCUGUAUCUAUGGUACCGCAAAGCGGGCCGCAGUAUAUGGUGGAUUGAACUUAGAGCCAGAGUUGAAUGUCCUUCUAUUUGCUCUUACUUACGACUGUAUCACAAAGGAUACGCCGCUGUGCAUGCAUUCCUUCCAGGAGGUUCUCUUGCAAUGUGAAUAAACCCAACUCGUUCCAACAUUUAAUUGAUGUGCAAACUCCCUGGCCACACAGUUGUGUGCUAGAAUAGUGUAAAGGGAUUCCAAUAUUGUGAUAUGUAAAUGGUGCGAUCGUCUGACCACUGCUAGGUGCUCA